CUGCUCGUCCUGGUAGCCAUGAUGACGCGCCUCCAGGCCCUUCAACUUCAGGAAUUAAAUAGCAAUCCUGGAAUACUGCCCGUGAAACAAGGAACUGCCGUCAUCAGUAAUGAUAAAUGGAUCAUUGCCAAAAUAAUAUACCUCAAAUUAUUCAUAGAGGAUGUAAAAGUCAAUGUACUAAGAAUUUCCGAAUUAAAUAAGAUAGUUAAUAAUUUAAAUAAGAAUUUUUCAUAUAACUUUGUAGAUGUUAAUUCACAAGUAGAAUAUAUUAAGAAUUUAACUAUUAAUAAGCUUGAACAAAUAAUCCCUUCUUUUAGAACAAGACGCGGUAUACUUAACCCACUAGUUUCAUUAAUUAAGAUAGUCACUGGAAAUCACGAUAAUGAUGAUGCCGUUAGAUACGAUAAAUUAAUUACAGAAGUAAAAGUCAAACAAAAUAGUAAUGACAACAGAAUGACUUUGAUCACAGAAAUAAUACAAUCUCUGACAAAUUCUACAUUAAAAUUGAAUGAAAAUCCAAUAAAAAUUAAUAGAGAUAUUAUAACAUUAUCACAUAACUUAAGUAGUAUAGACGAAAGAGAACACUCUAAUCAUAAUGAGACACGGAUUAUAAAAUCCGAUGAAUACAGUUACCUCUGCCCUGAGGAUGACACAUCCCAACUAAUUAAGGACGAUUGCAUCACAGAACUGAUGACUUAUGUUGAAAAUAUAUCCUCAUGCAUCCAAGUUCCAGUAAUUUUGGAAGCUAUAAGGGUGCAGGUUAUACAACCUAACAGAUGGAUUAUCUACACCAAGGAGUCUACUUUACUCUCCGACAUUUGUAAUAAUGAAAUAACAAGGCGGAAAAUUCAUGGCACAUUUAUCUUAACAUUGGACGAUAACUGUGCAGCCAAAAUCAAUGAUAUAAACCUAACAAGUAACCCCGUGGAAAUUGAAAGCAUCUCACCCACUAUGUUACCUAUGAUUAACCAACCUGCAAUAAACUCAUCCCUCGAGAUGUCAUCCCCGGUGCAGCUGAACCUAGAGGGUAUAGAUCUUACGGACCUCAAAUUUCUGUCAGUUGCAUUAAGAAAAAGUGAAAUUAAAAACAGUGAAAGUGAAAAGGCAAUUGUGGUGAUUAAAAGAGUAAGCCCAUGGACCAUUUUAUUGUAUGGACUGUUAUUCAUAAUUGUAACCUGA